CAAAUCGCAUGUUAACUGCCGAUUAAUCUAAAAAUUUUUAAUUUCAGAUUUUUUAUUAUAUUUAUUAUAAUUAACUUAUAACCCAAAAUAAUCCUCCGAUUUUAUUUGUUUGAUUUUGUCCAGUAAGUGUUGACCCUUUGAAUCCUAACCUCAAAAAAAACGCUUUUUCCGAAAAAUCCACGUAUUUUUUUAUUUGAAUCAUGGCCCCAAUAAGUGAUUUAAGGAUAGCGGUUAUUUGUUCAUGUAAUAUGAAUAGAAGCAUGGAGGCGCACCAUUUUUUAUCGAAAAAAGGGUUUAUUGUAAAAAGUUUUGGAACAGGGGACAAAAUUAAAAUACCGGGUUCUGCGGCCGACAAGCCGAAUAUUUAUGAUUUCGGCAUUACGUACGACGAGAUUUAUCAAGAUUUGCUCAAUAAAGACAAAACAUUAUACACUCAAAACGGUAUGUUGCAUACGCUGGACAGGAAUAAGAGGAUAAAAUCGCACCCGGAAAAAUUCCAGGAGGCGAAUGAAAAGUUUGACUUGCUGAUAACAUGCGAAGAAAAAGUGUACGAUCAAGUUUUGGAAUUUAUGGAGACCCAAGAACCAAGUGACAAUUCCAUUGCACACGUUAUUAAUUUCGAUAUCCCGGAUAAUUUGGAGGAAGCCACCAUUGGGGCCUUUUUAAUUAGCGACCUGUGCACAAUGAUAAUAAAAAGUGAAGACUUGGAUAAUGAUAUUGAAGAAGUGCUGCACACUUUUGAAGAUAAAGCUGAAAGGCCAAUUUUGCAUAGCAUUAUAUUCAACUGAAAUUUUUAAAAUUGAAAAGUUAUUUUAAGUGUAUAGGAUGUAAUCUUAAUGCUUAACGUACUACAUUUGAUAACUAUAGGU